AUGGAUUUCCUCAUGUUUACUUCACCGGGGAAAGACAAGUGUGACGACGAACUAAAAGACUAUUUGCUGGAGAAAUUCGUUGAUGUGUCCCCUCUCACAUGGUGGAAGGACAAUGAGUACAAGUAUCCUCGGAUUGCCGUUGUCGCAAAACAGAUCCUUUGCAUCCCGGCAACAUCUGUGCCAUGGGAACGAGUGUUCUCAACGGCCGGUAUUCUCGUUAGCAAGUUGAGAAACAGCCUGUCACCGUCUUUAGUAGACAACAUCAUUUUCCUGAACAAGAACAUUGUCCCCGAGUUUGAAGUGCUGGACGAAUAA